AUGUCUCUGUGUCUGAAUCGCCUGACGGAAGAAAGGAAGCAGUGGCGACGCGAUCAUCCUUUCGGAUUCUAUGCGAAGCCUUAUCGAACCCCUCAGGGUGUGUUGGAUUUGAAGCGCUGGGAAUGUGGUAUCCCUGGAAAGGCGCAGACUCUCUGGGACGGAGGACUUUUUAAGCUUGAUGUUACUUUUCCAGACGAAUACCCGACUAAGCCUCCAAAGUGCAAAUUCGUCCCUCCUCUGUUUCACCCAAAUGUUUACCCCUCAGGCACCGUCUGCCUCUCAAUUUUGAACGAAGAAGAAGCCUGGAAACCUGCCAUCACCAUUAAACAAAUUCUGCUCGGCAUCCAGGACCUGCUCGAUGACCCCAACCCGGAGUCGCCUGCACAGGCGGAGGCAUACAAUCUGUUCAAGAAGGAUCGGCCGGCAUACGAGAAACGGGUGAGACAAGUUGUGAAGGAGAACCCAACGCUUUGA